AUGAAGCAUCAGUCCGCUGAAGAAGAGGGCAACUGGGCGGAUCUGGUCACGCUGGAUCUAUCCAAGUUCGACCAGCCCGGGGGUAAGCAAGAGCUGGCCACUGAAUUUACGAGAGCAAUUGAAGAAGUGGGCUUUUUCUACGUCAAGAAUUUCGGUCUGACGGAGGACGAGGUCGAGAGACAGUUUGCCAUCGGCCAGGCCCUCCUCGCACUGCCCGAGGCUGAGAAAAUGCGCUACCUCGCCAACAUGGAGGCCGGCGAAUACAACGGCUACAAGCCUGCGGGCACCCGCGAGCUGAUCCCCGGGGUCCGAGAUAACUAUGAGCUCUACAACGUCCCUAAGUUCACACCGCAGCACGCAGACAUGGCACACCCGGACAUCAUCAAGACACACUGGGCAGAGGUUGAGCGCUUCUCGAGACACGUGCACAAUCACAUCGUCCACCGACUGCUGGUCGUUUUCGCGCUGGCGCUGGGGCUCGAAGACGAGAACUGGCUGGUCAAGAGACACCGAUAUGAGGCCAACAGCGCUUGUCAUCUCAGGUAUAUGAAGUAUCUUGCGAGAAGUACGGAGGAUAAUGAGAAAUGCGGCGGUGUCUGGCUGAAAGGACAUUCGGACCUGGGCAGUCUGACUCUGCUCUUUUAUCAGCCUAUUGGCGGGUUGCAAGUCCUGGCAAAGGACGGUUCGUGGAAGGACGUCCGAAUGGUGCCGGGCACUUUGACCGUGAAUCUUGCCGACGCUCUUCACUUUCUCACAAACGGCUAUCUUAAAUCCAGCAUUCACAGGGUCAUCGCACCGCCCAAGGACCAACAGCAUGUUGACAGGCUGCGGGUCAUUUACGUGGUUCGGAUCGAGGACGACACGGAGAUGCUGCCUAUCGAAGAGUCACCAGUUCUCCGCGAGCGUGGCCUGCUCGGAGACAAGAUUCUCGGUAGUGAUGGGAAGCCUGUGAAGGCUGGAGAAUGGGUCAAGCAAAGAGUCAUCAAGAACAUUGGCCCAGGCACAAGCACAGCGGCUGGAGACAAUGCCGACAAGGAAGUUGAGAUCAUCAAGGGUGUGAAAGUCAAAUACUUUGAUUAA